AUGGUGUACAAUUCGUUGACUGAAAUUCCCCGCAACCUCAAGGAGGGCAUUGACUGGUUGGUGGCCCUGAGGGGAACUGGAGAUGAAGACAACCUGAAGGCUAUGGGCACCGCUCUUUACCGCUUUAUGUUGUCCAAGCCUCUUGGUAAGAUGGAGCUGCCAGCUCUCGAGAAGGUAAAGCGCUUUUCGAAGUACUUCUUGAGGAAACCGGAGCUUGAGGGCUACCCAUUCGUAAAAGAGAUGCUGAAACGAUACAACGCACCAAUGGACAAAAACCCGAAAAAGAUCGGUAAUGUAAUAAAAGGUAUCGAGGAAAGCGAUUACAAGAACGUCGUAAAGGCCCGGGAUACCAAGCCUGAAGCAAUCGCAAGAAACUUGGGUAAAGUCGUCGAUGCAUAUGAGAAGUUCUUGGACGAUAUAAAAAUCCCUGACCAGUACGAGUCUGCUUACAGUUCGGAAGCGACGUGGGGAACAUCAUGCUCGGAAGAUCCGGAAGCUUGCGUGGUUGUUCUCGUCGGUAUUGCGCCAAUGUUGUACGCAGGCGUAUCUGCUUUGCAAAAUGCGGGCAAAGCUUCAAGUAAAUACGGUCCAGGUUCUCCGGCGGAUGAACGUGUGGGAGUGGUUGUGAAAGCUGCGGGUUUCGAUGAGCCGGCAUGCCGCUCUAGCGUGAAUGGUUCAGAGCUCCGCAAGGCAUUGGGAAGUGUGGACAAACGGGUACUGGACAUCCUCUACGACCUCGCUGGAUUCUGGGCUUUCUAUUGA